AUGAGAGGGGUAUUAGUGAUACUUAAGCGUCUCAGGCAAAUGCUAAUGGGGAAACUAUUCGUAUCAUCAAGAAGAUUUAAUGGUAGUAGUGGUAGUGAUGAUGACGAUGCAAGUUCAAGGGCAGAGGAUCUGCCGGAGGAUGUGAAGGAAGGACAUUUCGUGGUUCAUGCUGUUGAUCGUGGUGAACUGAAGAGAUUUAUCGUAGAACUGGGUUAUUUAGAUGACCCUGGCUUCUUGAAUUUGUUAAAGCAGGCAGAGGAGGAAUUUGGGUUUAGAGCAGAGGGAGUUCUCGCCAUUCCUUGUGGGCCUAAUGAGCUUCAGAGGGUUCUCGAGAGGCGGAAAAAGAAAAUGGUCGUUGGAUGAACCUGUAGGUCUGCUAUGUGUGAAGUUGCAAUACUGGGUUUAAUAUUUAUCUGAAGGAUUUGCUUACUUCGUUUCUUUUGCUGAUGAUGUUUGCACAUGUUAUCCUGUCUUGUGUACGGUUUGCUAUGUGUGAAGUUGCAAUACCAGCUUUAAUAUUUAUCUGAACGAUUUGCUUA